AUGGUGGAGGACCGUUUCGUCGGACGACAGAAUCUUGUUCCAGUCUUGACGGGUCCAGUUGAGAUGCUCCUUCGCCCACUUCACCCUGGCGACUCGAUUCUUUUCAGAAAUCAGCGGUUUUUUCACUGCACGUCUUCCCAUGAUUCCAGCAGCAUUGAGACGUCGUUUCACGGUCGAGACGGAUGGCGGAGAUGGCGAAUUCGAGAAAACUUCCCGUCUGAUCGCAGGGGCGGUGAGUCUUGGAUUGGUUCUAGGCGUCUUCAAAAUGUUUCUAUCGCCAUUACGAUCACUGAAACGUGGUCUUCCAGUGCGUUGGCUCUUAGUAGAGCCAUCUCGAGCUUUCCAACGCUUCAGGAACUGAGAAAUGCACGCCUCUGUCACGCCGAACAUUCCCGCCAACGCCAUCAUGGUCAGUCCAUUUUGACGACCCACAACGAUGGCUCUUUUGUCGUUAUCAGUCAAAUUCUUUUUUCCAGAGGUUCUUCUCAUGUCUGAAAACAUGAAAAAAAACAUAUGCCAACAUUAUUACUUUUAAAACAUUUAAUAAAAAUAAAUAAAAAUAAAAGCAUAAAAAACAAAAAAAAUUGAAUUCAAAAAAAAAUUUCUAAAACGCGUCGCAGUGACUGCGGACAUGUAUGUGUAUACCGUAUAUGUUUUAAAGUAUAUUUUACAUUAUCCCUGAAAGUUAUAUAUAAAUCGUAUAAGUACUCGCUGAGAUAUCCUCAAAAAACCAAAACUUAAUAUACUUUUGAGCGGUACUGUAGCUACUCGAAAGCUUUUUAAGGGUUUUUUUUGGAUCCACAAUAGAGUUCUCAAAAUGACCAAUUGAAAAAAAUGACAUUUUUCAAAAACGAAAAAUUUUCUUUUUGACAUUUCAAACGAAUGUCGUUUUUGAAAGAUCAACCAAAAUUGAUCACUUUCAUUCUUUUUCAUUUUGUGACUUUUCAAAUAAUGACUGAAAAAAAAUAAAUGGUCAUUUUCUAAACGAUCAUAUUCUGACUAGUAAAUAAAUGUUCGUCCUAAUGACCAAAAAUUUUUCAAAAAGUGAAAUUUAAAUGUUCAUUUUUUUGACCAAAAUUUCCGAAAUGAAUUUUUAAAUGUUUACUUUUUUUGACCAAAAAAAUUUCAAAAUGAAAUUUAAAUGUUCAUUUUUUUAACCAAAAAUUUUUUUCGAAAAAAAUAAGUAAUUGUUCAUUUUUUUUAAAUGCUCAGUUAUGAAAUUUAACCAAAAUGAAAUUUUUAACAAACGGUUCAUGUGAAAUUUAACUAAUUGGUCGAAUUCAUCAAACGUUCAGAAAAUGUUUGGUUGAACGUUCGUUCAAACAUUUACUUUUGAGAACUCUAAUCCACAAGGUUUGUGUAGCCGGGUUACGGUAGCCAGGUCACCUGCGCAUCUAAGAAAUAUCGGCUGAAUAGCUACCCGAAAGCUCCCCAAAGGGCUUUUUUGGAUCCAUAAGAUUUUGAGCCAUUCUGUCUUACUGUAGCCAGAUUACGAUAGCCAGAUAACCUGCGCUUCUAAGAAAUAUUGGCUAAAUAGCUGCUCGAAAGCUUCCCAAAGGGCUUUUUUUGGACCAUAAGGUUUUGAGUCAUUCUGUCUUACUGUAGCCGGGGCUACGGUAGCCAGGUCACUUGCGAAUUUAAGAAACUAAUUGAGAUUUUAUAGGCAAAAUUUAUAUCAUUCUAUUUGUCAUUUGAGUUUAGGAACAGUAGAUACCGUAAUGGGUUACUGUAGACAGUUUUUGAGAUACGGUACUUUUUUUUUAGUUAAAAAAAAUUUUCAUCAUUUUUGAGCCCUUUUUUCACAGUUCUUACCAGAAAUAGAACUUUUUCCCUGAUUUUAGAGACUUCUUUUUCUGAAUGGGGGGUUUUUUUAUAACAUAAUUUACAUCUUUAAAAAAAGAAACUACCCAAAAAAAGUCAUAAAUAGGUCCUGGAAGGAUUUUUGAAACCCUUUUUGUGUCAAAAUUUCUUGUCAGGUCUUUAAAAAAAAUAUUUUCAGCGCUUCCGCCAAACCGACCGAUCUCCAAUUGAAACCGCCUCGAAAACGGAGAAAGCGCGAGGAUCAAAGUACCAAGGCGAAUCGAAAUAUAAUCACCUUGCAAUUAUCAUUAUUUUUAGAGUCCCGAAGAUAAAGUGGACGCAAAAGAGAUUUCCAACGCGGCGGUCAGGAACAAAUUGACAAAGGUUUGAAAAAAAAAAGGAUACGGUAGGAUGAAAUGGUGUAUACACCGAAAAACAUUUUUGACGCGAAUUUUUUGAUUUAGCGAUUUUUUUUUGGUAUUUUCAUCACAGCUUCCUAGUGUGUUUAAAGGCGCAGAAAUUGUUUUAAAAUUCAUAAAAAUUUUUGAAAAAAGGCGAUUGUUCGGAUAAAGUUGCAUGGAACGGUGUAAGAAAUGAGAAAGAUUUUUUUAUCAUUUUUGUCCUUAUUUAAUUUUUUCUGAUUCGUUUCAAGACGUUCCCGUAUUCUAAAUAUAUAAAUUUCUUGUUUUUUUCCAAUUUUGAAGCUCUCCGAGGCUUUUUUUCAUACAGUCGUUUUUGAAUUAUUAGAAAUUUUAUUAUGGAUUUUUUGACCCAAAUCCAAUUUUAGGCCAUUUUUGAUCCAAAAACUCAUUAUUUCAUGCGAUUUCGUUCAGAUUUUGCCUCGAAUCCGCACAAAACCGCGCCAAUUGUACAGCCGAGUGAUUCUGAACGCCGUCGAGCAGCUUUCCGCCGUCAAAUAUUCCUCCGGCGGAUAUCAGAGAUUUUUAUCGAAUAUCGAUGAUAACUGCGCCAAUGUCAUACGGUAGCACAUCCGGAAAAUCUUGAUCAAUAUUAAUUUUGCGAAAAUUCAGGGAACUUUUCCGCGGGAAAUUCAAAGAGCCCUCGAAUCAGAUACACCUCUUGCCACAGGUUCUUCGGCACGCUGUGAGCUUCAAAAAAUAAUUUUCAACUAAAAUCAAAAAUUUUUCCAGUGGAACUUGAUGCCUCUGAGGUACCGGUCACAGUGGGAACGCGAAAAUCGCGUUUUAUUGAAAACUGAAACGGAAAAUACACGUAAUUUUUCGACUUUUUCUGGUGAAAUAUUAGAAAAUUCCAGAAACUUUCAACGACUGGACGUGGGACGAGUGCGUGACGAUGCUAGAUGUGAUUUUUUUUUUCGGAAAUAAUUUUUUUGGAGUGUUUAAAGGCGCAGGGCAUGUCUUAAAUUCCUAAUUGUGGACGGAACUUUUUUUUCGUUGAAGUAGAUCACAGUUAUAGUCGAAUUUAUGAUGAGUUUAUGUGGAUUUUGGAAGGAUUCUUAAAAGCGCAGGGCGUGGCUUAAAGUCGUAACUUAUGGAGGAAGCUUUUUCGCGUUGAAAUAGAUCAUAGUUACAAUCAUUUUGAGCCGUUUUGAAGCUAUUUUAAAGGCGCAGGGCCUGGCUUCGAGCCGUAAUUUUUAAAGGAAGCUUUUCCGCGCUUAAAUAGACCGCAAAUAAAAUAAGUUUAGAUCGUUUUUGAAGCAAUUUUAAAGGCGCAGGGCGGGGCUUGAGGUCGUAAUGUUCAAACUAAACGAUUUCGCGCCUGAAUAUUUCGAAUUUAUAAUGAUUUUAUGUGGAUUUUGGAAGAAUUUUUAAAAGCGCAGGGCUUGAUUUGCGUUACAAGUUUUGAAAAGAAUGGCUAAUUGAACAAGAUUUUUAAAAAUCAGAGUUUUUGCAAAGGAGUAGACUUCUAGAACAGCUCUGACUAGUCAGAAGAAAAGAAAAGACAAAAAAGGCUUUUCGCGUCGAGACCUCUACCUCUGCUCCUUUAAACAUCCCAGAAAUGUUUCAAAAGUUAAACUUUAAAUCAUAAUGUUCCAGAAACAAGACAAAAAUCACUAUAUCCAUGUCUGCGGAACGGAUUCCUACGUUAUCAAGUCGUUUGUGGAUGUCAAAGUGAGAAAAUUUAGAAGAAAAAGGAAAAAAAAAAUAUAUUUAUUCUAGAGCCAUUUCACGACGCACCACGAGCAGCUGUCGAUUUAUUGCUGCCAUUUUUGCAUGAAAGUCUUUGCCGAUCUGAAAGGACUCUAUAGCCACAAGAACUGCGAGAAGUUCACCGAGCUCAAGCACCAAAAGCAGACCAAAAAGGAGGAAGUCCGAAGGAAUUUUAUGGAAAAGAAUGAUGAAAAUCGCUUUUUCCAGUUGCUUUCUAUGGCUUUAACGUUCCUUGCUUGCUCGGAUUGCGGCCUUUGGAUCCCGAUCUGGGGCGAAACGACCAAUCCCAACGCCUGGCGAUUCUUCGUCUCUACUAUGGUUUGUUUGGAAAAUUCAAUUUGAUGAUUGAUUUUGUACGCAGAGAAGAUCAUACAGCAGUUUUAGAGGCUUUAAAACGACUAAACAACAUUUUUUUUUGAGCUUGAAAACUUUUUCAAGACAUUUUUGUACGUCCAAAUAACACUUAUAGAAAUUUUUUUCAGUGAUUUUAAUGGAAAAGGAAUAGAUUAAAAGUGAUUUUUGAACGAAAAAAAUGACCUCGAAAAAGGAAUUUAUAAGACAUUAAAAACAUUUAUCCAACCUUUUCGAUGAUUUAGACAAGAUUUUUGGCUUCAAGAUUCAAAAAAAGCUCACAAAAAUGCGGAAAGUCUAGUAGGACCUGAGAAGAACUUGAAAAGAACCUUUUAAAACCAAACCAGUUGAAAAAUAGUAAUAAAUAAACUGAAAAGAGCUCUCAUUUUGAUAAAAAUUGGCUUUUUAUUGUUUUUGAGGAAGAAUUUAGGAUAUUUUGAGUAAUCGUCAUGAAAAAAGUUAAAAAAAAAAAAUCAGAAACCGUUCAUUUUAUACAAAAAGUGACUCGAAAAAAGAGUUUAUAGGACUUUAAAAACAUUUAUACACUCUUUUUGUUGAUUUAAACAAGAUUUUCGGCCUUUAGACUUUUAAAAAAGACAUCAAAUAUGCGGAAAGUCUAGUAGGACCGGAGAAGGGUCUUCUAAAACCCAAACUAGUUGAAAAAUAGACAUAAAGCAAGUUUAAAAAUGCCAAAAACAGCUUUUUAUUUUAUUUUUGAGGCAUAAUUUAAUAUUAUUUUUUCGUUUUUGAUACAGGAAGCUUUUUUUACCCUCGAAAAAAAAUUGAAAAAAAGGAAAAAAAUUUCUAUGAAAAUUCCCAAAGAGUUCUUCCGACUAUGUACAGAAAGUAUGAAAACUUGAACUGUGUUAAUAUUUUUUUUUUUUAAUAUUUGGCUCGAUUCGAAUCUAUUCCGGAUAAUUUCAGAAAUACCAUUCGUGCAGAAAUUUGGUGCUGAUCUUCCUGUUUUUCGCCGAAGAAUUGGAUGUUCUGAAAAUAAACGAUAUGAAGCUCGAUUUUUCGAUCGUCGCCCAAACCGGCGUCCCAUUCGAAUCCGGCUGUCAGAUUUGCGAAAUCGAGAGCUUUGAGUGAGUUUUGGAACGAAUAAGAGCAUGAAAAGGACUUUUUGGGUCGCUUCAGAAUCAAAAAAAAGUAAAAUUUUCCAGAUUUUCUGAAAAAUUUAUGAGUAUUCUUGUUGAAUUAGGUACUAAUUUGCAAAAUUUACCUUGAAAAAAUUUUUUUUUCAUACCUUAAAUGAACAAAGUUUCUUCAGUACGCAGAUAUUUUUUUCUUUUUUUCUGUGUUUUUUCUCUAUAAUUUUGGGCGUUUUGUUGGAAAAAAAGAUGAAUUUUGUUUGUUUUUCCUGAAAGAUUAUAUUUUUCCUGUCGGAGUUGGUUGAAUUUCACUUGAAAAUCUUUUUUUGGUUGCUAUUUUUUUAGUCAUUUCAAACGUCGAAGUUAAUUUAGUGAAUAGAUGUCCUUUUUCCGUAUUUUUUUCUGAAAAAUUUUUGCUUUUUCAAGCUGUUCGAAAAAAAUAAAAACAGGAAUUUUGAUGAGUUUCCUUGUUGAAAUUAUCUAAAUUUUUACUUGAAAAAAAUUCUCAUUUAGCUAUUUUUUUGUAACUUAAAAGUAAUGGAAGGUCGGUUAGUGGAAAGAUGUUUUUGUCAUUUUUCGCCUUUUUCUUGAAUUUUUGCUUUUCAGGCCGCUCCAAAUAGUAAACAUGUAAUUUUUCUGAAGACUUUCUGAAUUUUUGAUGAGUUUUCUUGUUGGAAUUGGUACUGAUUUUCAAAACUUUACUCCUUCGAAAAUAGUUUUUUGCCGUUUUUCGUAACUUUCAGUAAAUGGAGGUCGAGCAAUAGGAGAUAUUUUUGUCCUUUUUUGCUUUUUUCUCGAAUUUUUUGACACGUUCAGUUGAAAAAUUUUUCUUUUUUUUUUUGUUUUUUUCGGAUCGGAUUUGCUCAAAAUUUAUAAAACUUCUUAAUUUUUUCUCAUUCUUUGGUCCAUAAUUUUUUUCGUUGAAGCCAAAUUGUCUUCCAUAAAAAAAUUUAAUUAUCUUUCAGUUGCUAUGAGUCGAUGGAGGCGCAUUUCCUGAACAGACACCCGAAAUCCGAAAAUCACUGUAAAGAGUGCCGAAAUGCCUAUGGAACCGCAUUUUUCUUAUAAGUAAAUUUAAUUAUUUUUGAAUCAUAAAAAAACGGUUGUUUUUCAAGAAAUCACUUUUUUUCCAACAUCAUUUUUCCGCCCGCACUGGCCCUCGCCAAUUUCCUGCAAUAUCAAGCCGUUCUCGAGACUUUGACACCGAAAAAAGUCGCUUCCAAGCUUGUUGAGGUGGUUUUUUGACAAGGAGAUCAUGGAAAAGUUCAUUUUCAGCCCCUGGAAGAUGUGACGAAUCAGAAGCUGCUAAAUUGUGUGGAAAUGCACGAACAUUGGAAGGAUCUCAACGAGAGACCCAACUCGGAGAAAAGUGAAUAUUUUUCGCGGGAAAAAUGGAAAAAAAAAGCUAGGAGAAGUUUAAAAAAAUGUUAAAUUACGGAGAUUUCGUACAGUUUUUAUUGAAAAAGUGUUUCGAUUCAUCAAUUUUUGAAAAAAAUUAAAUUGACGAAUAACGCGACCAUUUCAAAACCGCCAAAAUUAUUUGAAGAAUUUGAGAAAAAGACUGGAUUUAGAGAAAAUUGUACUUUUUUUCUCAUGAAAAAAAUCGAGAAGAAAAGAAAAAAAAGAAUGUUAAUUUUUCGAAGAUUUUUGCACAGUUUUUUUCAUUGGAAAAAAAUGUUUCGAUCUGCGGUUUCUUGAUAAGAAAUUAACCGAGAGUUUUUGAGUUUUUCGGAAAAAAAUAGUCCUUUUUAUGUUUUUUGAAAUGGUAUUCCUAACUUGAUAUUUUCAUUCUUCAAGUUUCCUGUGCCAUGCUCAAAUAUUUCAAAGCGAUUUCAAAAUUGACGCGUUAUACGUUUUGAACGAUUUCGCGAUAUACGCCAAAUUGGAAUUCCGGGCCACGUAAAAGAAACAAAUUGGGUCCUACAACGGGAAACUUACGCAAGAAACUCUAAUUUUGGGGCAUUUUUCAACGAAAAUUUCGAAUUUACUUGUAAAAGUCGCCCUAUCGCGACGUAUCGUUUGGAGGACCGUGCUCCUGAAAUUCCAGUUUCACGAAAUUAUUUUAAAAGAUGAACGGGUCAUUUUUGAAAACGUCGACAUUACUUUGAAGAGUUAUGAUUUUUUUUUUUCUAAAAGGAAGAAUAUAUCGAAAUGAAAGACCAAAAAUGAAAAUUUCAGUAUCGAGACCGGAUCUGGGAUAUGAGUUUGCCGAUUAUUCGGAAGUGGAGAAGGAAGUCGAGAAAAAGGUGAAAAAUGAAAUAAAUAUGGAUGGUGAAAGAAAAUUUUGGAAAAAAAAGCGCAAAAAGUGAAUCUUCUGAAAGAUUUUUAUCGAAAAAAAUCGAGUUUUUUUAAUAUAUUUUUCUGAGCUUUGACCUUAUAGAAAAUGUCUUUUUUCAAAAUUUCAGCAAUAUUUUUGACGGACUCUCGAAAUUUUUAAUAAACAUUUAAAAUCAUGAAAACUUUUCAGGAAGCUGCCGAGAAUCGGAAAAAGCAGGCAAAACGGCUUUUCUCCAGAGUUGUUGAGGUGAUUUUCGCGAUUUUCAGAAUGAAAAAUGAAGAAAAUUUCAACUUUUUAGGGUGGAAACAGGCGUUUCAACAUUUCCGUCGUCAAAUCCUCGGCAAUCGUCGUUUCCCUACCCAUGGGCCACACAUUUGAUCCAUAUGAGGAUUCCGAUUCCCUCUUGGCUUUUCGAAGGUUUCAAAAUAAUUAGAAACGGAAGAAAACGGGAUUUUUUCAGGUACAUGUACUGCAAAAAGUGCGAAAUAGUAUUCUCAUGCUUUGAAGAUGAGCAUUUCCACGGAUGUGCCGCGGGAAAGGUGCGGGAAUCAAAACUUUGAUGAAGAAAAAUGAGAUUUUUGGGGAGCUUGCUGUAGUUUUAAAUCCACUGGGAAAAAUGGAAAUUUAGGCUUUCUGAAAAUUUUCAAUUUUGAAGGAGAUUCAUACAUGGGAAGAGCAUGACUGGUGAAAGCAAACCCCCCUGAUUUUUCUCGUUUUUUUGCCAGCCCCCCCCUUUUUUUCUAGAACCACCGUGACUAUCCCAUGUAUGAGGAGAUUCAUGACAGGAAAAAAAGAUUUUUUGAGGUUUUCCAAACAUUUUUAUUCGAUUAUACUUUCGCUGAAAAGUUUCGGUAUACUCGGCUGGCUUGAGCUUUUUAUAAAUGGGUCCUGGCACGAUUAAAAAAAAAAGAGAGAGCGCUUGGUUGGUGGAGAGCGCAGAGAAACGUCACCAGAUAGCUGUGGAUAUAUGCUUUAUUUGACUCGGAAAAAAUUUAGUGACUACUUAAGCUCCCAAGGACUACCUGGAGAGGACACUGAAGUGGCCACUAGAAUAACCACUUUAGAAACUACUAUUUGCGUCUUAGUGGCCACUAUAGGGUUUUUUGGUGGUCUAGUAGUACUGCUUAGACUUUUGAAGCGGUCACUUUAGUGGCCACUAAAUUGACUACUAUAGUGGCCACUAAAACUUCAAAACCCUAAAGAGGCCACCGAUUCGACCACUAAAGUGACCACUGAAACCUCAGAACCCUAAAGUGACUACUAAACGUUUUCACAGUAAAUUUUUUAAAAAUUGAUCAACUUGAAAAAUAAUUUUUUUUUUUCGAGAAAAUUCACUGUGAAAACGUUUAGUGGUCACUUUAGGGUUCUGACGUUUCAGUGGCCAUUUUAGUGGUCGAACUGGUGGCCACCUCAGGGUCUGACGAGUCUGGUGAGAGGUGCUAACAGAACUCUUAACAGGUGAAGUAGCUCAAUUUCAUAUUCAUUCUUUGCAUUUUCCAGAGUUUUAGAACCUUUCGGUACUAUUUUUUUUUCCCAGGAAAGUUUGCGGACCCUUUAUCAUCCCUCGUCGAAUGUAUUCACCGGAAUCGCCUGUGUCGUCGAAUCCUGCAAGCAUCGAUCUUGUUCCCUUCUCGGCCUGAAACAUCACUCCCUCGUCGAACACAACCUUUCCAUCCGACUGGAUGCACAGAUCAACUCGGAAUCGUCUUUUGGUUGGUUUUGAACGGAGAAAUAUUGAGGAAGAUGAGUAGGAUCAGAGAAAUAAGGUCUUCUUCAAGAAAAAAAAAACGUUAGAAGAGGACUUUUGAGGGUUUCUUUAGGUUUUUGUGCCUUAAAAUGAUUUUUGAACACUUUGAGAGAUUUUCUAAGGGUUUUUUUUCAUGUGAAAGGACAAAAUAGAGAUACUGAGACUGUUAAUUUAAACCUCAAGACUUUUAUUUUCAUUUUUUGAAUUCUUAGACUGCGUGCUUUUUAAAAAAAAUAUCUGGAUUCCUUACUUCCUUACGUCUAAAUCUGGAAUAUUGAUUUAAUCAGCUUCAUCAUUAUCAAAAAAAUUUUUCAAAUUGUACUAAAAAAACCCAAAAAAAUUGUUAUAAUUGGCUCUCGAAACACUCCACAUGUUACUAGGAAAUCAUCUAGAAAAAUAUUCAGAAGUUUUCGAGUUUCCAGCCUUUGAAACGGUCCGUUAAGCCCUUUUUGUCGAGAAAUUCCAUAGGUUAAAACGAAAAAGAUCCUUUAACAAUUGAGUUUUCACUUUGCGGUUUUUUGAAAAUAACACUCCAUGGUGUACCUAAUGAAGUUCCUGAAAGCCGUAAUCUACACGACUUCCCAGUUUUUGAGAAAUGUGGGCUCAGAGACCAAAAAUAGCCGGUUUUGAGGGACUUUUAGGCGUCCUUAUUCAAAAAAUAGGAAGUUUGAGACUUCCAGAAUCUUCAUCGGGUAUAUUGAGAAGUGUUCUGACCAAUUUUUAGGAAAUUCCUUACCGCAAAUUGGAAUUACCUUCCUUGUAAGAAACCUCGGACGGAGCUCGAAAAGUUCCUCUAAAAGCUUCUAAAAGGACAGGAAAAGAGGUCAUUUUUCAUACCCUUAGUGGGUUUUUUUGAACCCUCUGCAAUCUUUUAGUUUCUUUCCAGCUUCUUUCUAUCAAAUGAUGUGAAAUAAGACCUGUUAGGGACCCUUUAAAGACCCCUUUUUUGAAAAAAUCUUUGAGGAGCCUUUAUGAAUUUCCCUAUUCAACUUUAUUUGUGUAGAAACUCUCGAAAACUUCGAUUUUUUCGGUUACCCAAAUGCUUCUCUUUCAAUCUGACUGUACCAGAAUUACCCACAUUUCCAGCUUCAUCCCUCUCGAAACUCUCCAAAUGGUACUGGGAAAACGACAUCGAAGACCGAACCUCGAUGUCGAUUUUCACGGACAUGAAGCUGGAAAUGCCGCCGAGUGGACUCCUCGAACGGAUCGAUUCGGAAGUUCGCGUCAACGUGAAUUUGCUCGAAGAGACCAUUGACACUCGCCAAGUUGUGACCCCGCCCCCUCCGGAGUUCGAUGAUGGGUUCUUUGUCAAAGAUAGGGUAGCCUGGAAAUUGGGAUAGAUGGUGAAAAACUGGUGGUUUUCAGAAAUACUUUUGCCAGUUCUGCAACGAGCCCUCGGCGACCAGGGCCACCGUCUCGGUGAGUUUUAUUGAUGGGAAAAAUCGCUUCAAUUAUUUAGAGAGAAUAAAAUUAAUCAUACCUUGCAGGGAUGGGUAGGAAUUAGAGGUUGUCGUGGAAAAAAAAAAAUUAGAAUACGUAAAAACUUCGACAAAUCAGACCUCGGUAGUGCAAACCGAAAGUGCGGGACUGUGCUUGCGGGAUUCCUUUGAAAGUUUCGUUAUCAAUGGAGCGAACUUGAUUCGGAAAAAUAGCCUUUUAAAAAAAAGAUGGUUUUCUCGGAGCUUCGUAACGCAAACGGCACGCGUUCCGGAGGUCUCUGAGCAUUUCUAGUGAUCACUUUAGAGGCAUCAUCCUUUUUUUCUCGUUACUGUCUGUUCAAAUUUCGAAUGUCAAGUACAAUGACGUCUUUUGAAAACGCUCUGUGAAUGGCUCGGUCUCUGAUUGGCUUAUCGUGCUAUUAGGGGCGGAGCUUGAGCGACGACUUGACUUUCAAAAUCUGAACGGACUUCUCGGGCACGUACCGGACGUUUCUCUGCAUUUCUAGCGACCAUUUUAGCGGCGUAAAACUCUUAAGUGAUCACUUGAAUUUCUCAGAAAGGUCCUAGCGGGUCCUGUUUUCGUUCCCAUUGUCCGAGUUCAUGAAAAAAUGAAAGACUCGUUUUGCCUUGGAGCACAUUUUCUUUGGUUUCAGGAUGUCGCAAAAUUUUGAAAUAAUCCUUUCUUUCUCCAACUUUUUGGUUCAUUUUUGGUUCAAAAAGAUCAUAUCUCCCGGAAACAGAAGGCGGAACUAGCUUUUUUAGAGUACACGGAAAAUGAAGAAAACAGAGUCCUUUAUAAGUGUCCAGCAAAUAUCUCAAACGAGUCCGAAGGUCUUGGAAAAUAAGGAGUCAAAUCAAAUUCCAUUGAAACUUGGCCUUUUUCCAGAGACACCUGUCCAUUUGCCACUGUUACCCGUGUCCUUGCGGAAAGGCUUUUGCCACUUUUGAGCUCCUCACUCAACACAGGAUCCAUUGCUCGGAAAUUGGUUCUAGCCUAAAUUUGAGAGUUAUCUCAAUUUUUGUGUUCAGAAGUCUCACAAAUCUACGCCUCGUGCCCGAAAUGCAACAUCGUCAAGUCGAGAGGACUUCUGAUCGACGCCUACAGACACAUCGUCAGGUGUCACGAAGUCAAGUUCGGCAAAGGCGAUGGACAGGUAAACUGCAUGUGGCCUUGAAAGGGAGGGAGGGGCCAUCCGCGGCAGCUUUUCCUGAUUUUUCCCGAGUUUCAGAGUUUUUCUCUUUGAUACGCGCGUCCUGUCUGAGGGCAUGCGCCUUUAAUUUGAUCUUGAAAUAUUCGUUAUAAAUGCGCGCGGCUUUUCUCUGUCCAUGCGCCUUUAAUUUGGUCUAGAAAUAUCCGUUACGUCCUCACCUGGCCCUUCUCUGAGCUGGCGCCUUUAAUUUAGCCCAGAAAUUGCCAUUGUAUCUGCUUGUGACCCGGUUAUGUGCAUGCGCCUUUAAUUUAGGUUGAAAAUCACCUUAUACCUGCUCGUGACCCGGCUCUGUGCGUGCGCCUUUAAUUUGAUCUAACAAUUUUCGUUAUAAUUGCACACGGCCUGCUUCUGAGCAUGCGCCUUUAAAUUAUCUUCAAAAUUGCCCUUGUAUUUGUGUUUGGUCUGGCUCUGUGCAUGAGCCUUUAAUUUGGUCUAGAAGUUGCCGUUGUAUAGGAACGCGGUUAUGUGUAUGCGCCUUUAAUUGAGUCGAACAAUUUCCGUUAUAACUGCGCUCGGUCUGUCUCUGUCUAUGCGCCUUUAAUUUAGCCUAGGCAUCACCGUUAUGUUCCCGCGCGGCCUUUCUCUUUGCAUGCGCCUUUAAAUUGACUUAAAAACAGCUGUCAUUUUAAAGGCGCAUGCUCAGUCACAGGCCGAACAUAUCGAAGAAGAAGGAUUCUCCGGAUGUCCGGGGAGAAAAAAUCGGGACAACCUGUCGGGAUUACACGAGCUAUUUUUAUAUUUUCCAAGAGUACGGUAUGUGAAAGUCCGCAAUUUGAGGCAUUCACUUUGUGUGUUUGCAUUUUUUUUUUUCGCUCAACGUUUCCGAGGGGUUUAUUUAUUUUUUCUUUUUUGUUUUUAAAUUUAUUGAAACAGGUAUAACUUUGAGUAUUAUUGAAAAAAGAGAAUAAAUGAAGAAAAAAAAACGCGGAAUUGCAAUAGAAGGACAAACACGAACGCCACAAAAUGCGGACUUGCACAUACCGUAAUCUUCAAAAAUGGGGAAUUCGCUCUUCCCGUAGCACCGAGAGAAGAAAAAAGAAAGGAGUGAAGGAAAAACCGAGAAAAUUUCCCUUUAUUUUUCAACUUUCAGAUUUUCCCCGAAGCUGCCGACAUCGGUACGGAAAGCGUUGCGCCUGGUGACACCCGAAUCGCGGAUCCUUAUUAUCGACCCAAAAAUGUCCUGAUCAAGACGCCCUCAACUACAGACAGCUACGACGACAACUCGACGAUGGCCCAAUUGAACCGAUUCUUGGCCGGAAUCCCGACCGACGGCGCUCCUGUCGAAGGGGAAAUCACUGACGUGGCGCCGAAAAAUCUCCGGGAUAUCCUGAGAGCGACGGAAGUUCCGUCUCCAGAGCCCGAACCGAGUUCGGACGCGCCAAUAACGCUCACGGACAUACUCCGGGCCACAGAGGCGCCGAUUUCAGCGGAACAACACCCCACUCUUUCUUCCCUCCUUGCAAGUUCUGAAGGUCCCAUCUUACCUUCGACUCUCGAGACCCCGGUCCUCACGACUUCCCCGGGAGUCUCCGAGACUCCGGACAGGACCAUCAAGACGUCUCCGGCCUUCGAUGAAAUCACGGACCCUGUCCUCCAGCUCCCAGCCGCCUUUGGCAGGAUUCCUGUCGGAGCCCCCGUCAUUUAUUAUCUUCCUGAAGAUGUUAGUUUUAUCAAGUUAUAACGGACGAAGAUCGCGGAGUUGAGAAAAGUUGAGAAGAUAAUUCUAGUAAAUUACUGUUGCCCAGCUUCGGAAGCUGCUCAAAAAUGGAGAAAUGAACCCCUCUCUGUGUUUUUUUUUUAUUGGAAAGGCUUGCUUUUUUCAAUUUUUCUCAUCCUAAAAAUCCAUAUUUGGCGUAUUAAAAAAGAGAACUCAUUUGAAGCGAUAGGUCACUAAAGGGACUACUUUUACGUCUUGAAAAUUUUUUCUCGGUUUUUUUGCUCGAUCUGAAAUUUUUUUGUUCAAAUUGAGUCUGUGAUUCAUGAUCUUUUCCCGCCCUACUUUGACCGGAAUUGACCUUAAACUGCCUUUUUUACAGAACAGCGGAUUUACGUGUUACCUCUGCGAGGUGCAGUUCAAAGAUGAGCGAGCCUUGCAGACCCACAUGGAGAAACACACGGAACAGUGCAAAGUUUGCCCCAUGUGUGAGUUUUGGACUAGAAAAAAGAAGGAAAUGAUGGGAAGCUUUUAAAAAAUAGCUUGUACGCUGCGUCGAUAGUUUAAACGCUUCUUGGACCUCGGUGAGGUAAACUGGAAAUAUCUAGGACACUCUAGGGAUCACUUAAGGCUGCUGAAGCUACUGAAGUGGUCGCUAAAGGGCUCAGCAGAGCACUGACGUGAAACCAUACAGGAGCAGCCAGUAAUCAGAAGUUUAUGUAAAAUAUGAAAAACUUUCCGCGCCUCGGUAACGUGAGCCGGACGUCUCGGAGCACUUCUAGGGGUCACUUAAGAGUUAUGAGACCGCUAAAGUGGUCACUAGAAGCUCCCAAGAACGUCCGAAACGCGUUACAAAGGUCCGAAAAGUCUGUUCUGAUUUUCGUGGCUCAAACUCCGCCCCUAAUUGCCCAAUAAACCAAUCAGAGAGCGAGCCAUUCACAGAGCGUUUUUAAGUGAUCACUUCAGAGUUCUGAGACCGCUAAAGGGGUCACUAGAAAUUCCCAAGAACGUCCGUAGCACAUUACAACGGUCCGAGUAGAUUUUCCUUGCUCAAGCUCCGCCCCUAAUAGCGCGAUAAACCAAUCAGAAACCGACCCAUUCACAGAGCGUUUUAAAGUGAUCACUCAAGAGUCCUGAGACCGCUAAAGGGGUCACUAGAAAUUCCCAAGAACGUCCGUAGCACAUUAAAACGGUCCGAGUAGUGUGUUCAGAUUUUCCCUGCUCAAGCUCCGCCCCUAAUCGGGCGAUAAACCAAUCAGAGAGCGAGCCAUUCACAGAGCGUUUUUAUCACUUAAGAGUCCUGAGACCGCAAAGGGGUCACUAGAAAUUCCCAAAAACGUCCGAAACGCGUUACAAAGGUCCGAAAAGUCUGUUCUGAUUUUCGUGGCUCAAACUCCGCCCCUAAUUGCCCGAUAAACCAAUCAGAGAGCGAGCCAUUCUCAUAGAGUUUUUAAGUGAUCACUUCAGAGUUCUGAGACCGCUAAAGUGGUCACUAGAAGCUCCCAAGAACGUCCGAAACGCGUUACAAAGGUCCGAAAAGUCUGUUCUGAUUUUCGUGGCUCAAACUCCGCCCCCAAUUGCCCAAUAAACCAACUAUAACGACCUCAGUAACGCGAAAACUUGUGCUGACCCUGAAGUGAUCACUAGAAAGGCUCAGGAACGUUUGGGGCGCGUCCGAUUUGCGUUACUGAUGUCCAAUUUAGUCUUUUUUUCAAGUUUCGUGACUUUUUUUUCAAACUUCAAUGUCCUUCGGGAUACUCAGAAUCUAAUGAUAUAACGAAAAUCCAGCCGUUUUUAGCUUUAACAGAGUCCCUGAACCGAUAUUUUCUUAGGACUUCUUGGCUUUUACUUUUUUUAAAAGGAGCCAGUUGCAAAAAUAGUUCAGGCUCUGCGCAAGUGACCGGCCGAGCCGACAUGCUGAAACAUCUCAUGAGUUUCCAUCACGACCCGAAAAAUUCGACCUGCAAAACGUGCUACCGAAUCGUCGAGGCCAGAUCCGCUCCCGCGCACUUCAUCUACGCCUGCAAAAUGGCCGUUCGAUGCGGAAUUUGCCGGGUGAUGGUCGACCCCAGUAACCGGGAUGACCACAUGGCGACCCAUCAGAAAAUCGUCAAAAGGUUUGGGAGCAGAAAAGAAGACUUACGAGAGUUUUUGGGGCUCUUUUUUGGCCGAUUUAAUCGGAUUUUUGGUGUCAGUCAUGUUUCUGUAAUAAAAUAUGUACAGAAAACUCGAAAAAGGCGUCUUUUUUUGCUUUUUGAAGAGUCCUGCAAAGCCUAAGGACGAUAGCUGAGAUUUUUUGAAGGAAACUGAAAAAGAAUAUUUUCUUCUGAUUUCUUGAGAGUCCCGAAAAAUUUGAGAAUAGAGAGCGGAUGUGCAACUUUUGGGUGAAGAUAUUUUGGAGCUCUAUUUUGGCCUUUUGAUCAGAUUUUUUGUGUCUAUCAUGUUUCUGAGUUAAAUUUUGGACAGAAUUAUUGAAAAAGAACCUUUUUUGUUUUCAACAAGUCCUGAGAAUAAAAGAUCCACGUGCAAUUUCUGAGUAAAGGAGCUUCCUCAGAGAUUUUAGGGCUUUUCUUGGCCGUUUCAGCCGGUUUUUUUUGUGUAUGUCAUCUUUCUGAGCUGGAUUAGGUACCAAAAAAUCGAGAAAUAACGUUUUUUUUUUUUGCUUUUUGGAGAGUCCUGAGAGUAAAAGGUAUAUGUGAAAUUUCAGAGUAAAAGACUCUUCCAAAAAAUUUUGGGGCUCCAUCUUGGCCGUUUAAGCCGGAUUUUUGGUGUCUGUCCUGUUUCCAGUGUAUGUUUUGUGCAGAACUCUUGAAAAAAAAACCUUUUUUUUGCUUUCUGAGGAGUUUUUAAAAGUUCGAAGAAGCUAGAAGUUUCUACAGAAAACUCGAAAAACUUGUUAAAGUUAUUUUCUUCUUAGGGAAUAUCCCUCCGGGCCCGCUUGGGAACGUAAAAAGGCACUAAUUUUUGAAAUUUGAAAUUUUUUGAACGGACUCCCUAAAAGAAAAAAGAUAGACCUAAAAAAAUUCAUGAGAUACUAAUCGGAAAACUUCGUUGCGUCAAUAGAAGAAGUUCAGAUUCGAUUGUCCCCAGUGUGGUGAUUAUUUCCCGACUGCUCUUGAAGCUGGUCGACAUGGAUGUUCCUUCAAAGUCUAUCAUUGUCCUUGCGGAGAAUACACGGUAGGAAUCAGGAAUAUUUGGAAGAAAGUGAUUGAGAUUGAUAAGCUUAUUGAGUAAUGAGGAGUAUGAUGAGUAAAAGAAGCUUUAGAGAAAAUAUUCGAAGAAGAACGAGAUACAAAGAAAUAUUCAAAAGCAUUAGCUAAGGUACUAGCAGCAGUUGGAGCCAGAAAUUCAUUUUUUUUAGUCGCAUUUGAAAGAUCUUUGAAAAGUCCAAUUCGUAUCUGGAGAAAAAAUGAAAGUGUCAGUUGCCUUUUAAAAAAGAAAGAGGAAAAAUGGCCCAAGCUAAUCCCUUAAAAAGUUCAAAAAAGGUGUAACUUAAAUUAGGACUUCAUGAUUUUUGUAACUAGGAUUCAAGGCCCUUUUUAUCCUGAAAAAUGAGUUUAUUUCAUCGGAAGAAAGAUUGGAAAAAAUGAAAAAAUUCUGAAAAUCGGCGAUUUCACUGUCCGUGAGGCUACUGUGAAGAUUCAAAAUCCAUUCAUUAACGCAGAUUUCGGUUUUCAAGUCCAUAAAAAAUAUCAAAAUCCAAAGUUUAAAAACUCACGCAAAUCUUUUUUUUUUUCAGCGCUACCACAGCCAACGUGCUUUCGAAGCUCACUACUUCAAAAUGCACACGGGACCCGAAAUGGAGUGCAAACUUUGCUGUGUGAAAAUCAACAACAUGAGCUUGAAAAAUCACGCCCGAAGCCAUUGGCAAACCAAACCGUCGCUACCGUUUCUGCGCGUCCGAGACACGUCCAUGUACAACUUUUCCGAAGUCUUCGACGUCUUGGGGAAGGUCAGAGUCGGGAACACAGAGGUAAAUGAUGAAAAUGAUGGUUCUGAGAAAGUUGAGAGAAAAUCAAUCAGAAAAGGUUUUGGUCAAAAAUCAGAGCUGCUGAGGAGAGGGCCGGGGAACCUCAAGAAGACCCCCCCGAGUUGACCCGACCCGCGAAGUUUGAAAAGUCAAAAAUUUUCUCAGUUGUUUACUAGUUGUUUUUCCACGCGCUUCAAACAUUGCGGGCCAUAUCGCCCCGGGGUGACUCCUUCAACCCUGGGACCUCCCCCUUCUGCAGCUCUGGUCAAAGUAUUUAUAGAUGGGCGGGCAAGUUUUAAGCACCUCAACGGACUAGAUUGAGAUUUUUAAAUGUGGUGCAUUUUUCCGAAUUCCACUUUUGGGCUCUAAAAAAAAAAAAAAGGAAAAAAAGGACUUUCUCAAAGAAUUUUUGAACCUUUUCUCAUUUUUUUCCUCAUCCCAGGAGCCUCGAUUUUUUUAUUCAAAUUUUUAAAUCAGAGCUAUUUUUUUGUUACAAGUUUUCAUGAGAACUGUAAAAAGCUGCAAAAUGAAGGUUAAUUAAAAAAACAAUUUUUUUACUUGAAAAUCAACAGAUUAUUAAGGGAAUGGCUCAUUUCGAACCAAAAUAACUAAAUUUUUUUCAUGCUGGAAUCUUUUUUUCAAAGUUAAAUUUUUCCUUUUUGGAUUUUUCCCUACCCAUUGUCCGUUCGAAAUUUCUGCUGUUUGUUUGACUGGAAGCUUUUUUUUCGGCCUUACAUCAUUAUGAAAUCUUAAUACGCCUUUAAAUCCACCAGUGAGGAUUUUUGGGGAAAAUGGUCAAAUAAAAAAGUUUUCAUAUAUCCAGAAUUGCUUUUGUACCUUUGGCAUAUAAUUUAGAUUUUCUUUUAGAAAAAAAAAACGAAUUUUUUAGUGAAAAUUCCAUGAUUUUUUACACUGUGAACUCAUUUAAAAUAUCUUCAGAAGCCAUCAACUACGGAAAAAACGGUCACAGUCUAUACAACUAAAGAGAAACCACUCACUCUACCUCUACCUGUUCCACCUGGUUUGAAAUAAAGCAAGGCCUUUGAAAAGUUGGGAUUUCAGGCCCAAGCGCCAUUAGAAAUGGAAACAGCAAGGAUGAAGAUGAAAUCGAAGUCAUUGCUACUAUGUAAGUUUUCAGUGGGAUGGAAAUUUGGGAGAUUUAAGGAAAAUAGAAAAAAAAGAAGUAGGAUUUGCAUAGACGCUUUUAGAACUUAUAGCGUGUUCAAAAAAAAUUUUGAGAAGUUUUUAAAGGAUCUUUCAGAAUUUCUAGAAAGGUCUCGAAGCGAAGAGCCGUUUUCAGUUUUAUUAGUGACUUUUUUCAGCAGCGGAGGUGUCCAUCAACCCAUUUUUGGACGUUCCAUCGAACCCUGAAAUGGCUGAAAAUGUAAGUUUUUAUGAAGAAAAAUGAAUCAGGAAUCUUAAAAAUAGACACUUUUUCCAAUUUUUUUGUGGUUUGAAGAGCUAAAAAAAUUCAAAUUUUUUUAGCUUAUUUUCAGCUUGAAAAUCAGGCCUACCGGGUAAAAUGACACUUUGACUUUUUGAAUAUACUAUUUUUUUAAAUCUCAGUUUUUUUGCUGAAGAGCUCGACAUUUUGAGAAAAAAAUAGUCGAAAAAAAUAAUUAUUUUGUCGUAGGAAAAAAAUGUCUGCUUAAUAUCCUUAGUGGAAUGUUAAAGGAAGGGUUAUUUUUAGUACAUAGAAAAAAAUUCGAGCUUCUAAAAAAAUUUUUUUCCUGGCCUUGGUGCUUCUAAAAAAACUCAUUUUUCUUUAAGAAAAAAACACAAAAACCCAAUUAAAAAAAGUUAUGUUUUUGCCUUUUUCAGUACUGCGGAGUUCCAUUGGACAAGUUAGGAUACUUGUGCGUCCAUUGUAGAAUGUUCUUCGCGAUGAAGGCCGAUUUCGAAGCUCACAAGGUCCUUGAAUUCAGAAUUUAUCAAUUUAUUUAUAUGAUUUCAGAACGGAUCGCUUCACAAAAGUCGAAAAGCCCUGGCGGCGAAAUUCGAAAAUUCCGGAUUUUAUUGUGGCGUCUGUCCGGUCAAAUAUGACAAUGUGAAUAGUUUUGAUUGAGAUCGGAGAGAAAAUCUGACGUUUUGAGAGGAAUUUUUGAGCUCGGCUGGCUUGAGUCAUUGGAAAAUGGGUCCUGGCACGAUAAAUGAAGAGAUAGUGUUUGUUUGGGAGAGACAGGCCACGCCCCUAAGCGCCCAAGCUAACCAUAAAUCUGUUUUGAAAUUAAAAAAAUUGUUUCGAAAAGAAAAAUUCAUCUUUUUUGGCUACCAAUUGAAAAAUCAAGUUUUGAUCGAUCCUGGAUCGAAAAAUUUGAAUCCGAGAGCUUUUUUACAAUUUUCUCAGGCCUUUUGAGGAUUUUUUUCAUUGAAAUAGUUUCAUUUUUUUGGCUUUUUGGUUAUUAAUUUUUUUAUUAAAUAUUGAAUCAUUCUAUGUAGAUUAUAGAUCUGAAAAUUCAGACCAUUCAUUAGUUUUUUCAUAGGAGACGAAAUUGAGCUUUUUUUGAAAACUUGAAAAGAAUGAACAAAUUUUCAGUUGAUGCUCCUGUGCAUGCACGAACUUUUCGAUCACGGCGUCCCGGUGAUUUCGUAUUGUUCGGCUUGUUGCGCCGGAUCGACCAAUAUCAAUAUGACCUAUGAUCAUAUCCUUUCUCACGGCACCCGGGUGAGUUUCAAAGAAGGAAAAUAAUGGAAAAUGUCGAAAAUUUUGACUUGAAUACCCACGACCACUUUUUCUGCGUAAAGUGUCGUGUGUCGUGUGCAUGCACUGCGCCGCUUUCGCGCAGAAAAUUGUGUUUAUGUAAAAAAAAUUUCGAUUCGUCUUGAAGACCUCUGGGAAUGCGGCGGCUUGCGCCUUUAUUAUGCCCUGUUAUUUACGUUCUUAGAGUUCCCAUGACGUCACGUGGGAACCGCGGAUGUUUUAGCUCCGCCCUCCGUUUUUUUUUUUGAUGUGGCUUUUUCUUCCACUAAAAAAAGCCGUGUAGUUUCGAAAAUACGUGUAAUUCACGCUUGAGAACUUUUCAAAAUGAUCAAUUCUUUGGUUUGCAUCAGGCUUGGGCGAGGGCUUGCCCGUCGGACCCGGGCCGGCCCAAAGAACGCAAAUUUUCUCAAGUGUCACCUUUUUUCACGACAAAAAUCACAUUUUUGUUAAUUUUUCUUCAAAAUUCAACAUAAAUUUUAUUCAACUAUUGAAAAUUUUGUAUUAGGAUGAGGGCCCAGUUCCGCGCAAGCUCCUUCAAAAAUUAAUAAAGUCCAAAGUUCGAAUUAGCUGGCCCAGCCUGACCUUAUUCACAGUUCAAACAGCUUCAAAACUCGAAAAAAUGCGCUCUAGUUAGACGUUGAUACUCGGACCUCUGUAGGGCAGACCGGACGUCUUUGCGAUGCUCUAGGGAUCACUUAAGGAUGCUGACGCUGCUAAAGCGAUCACUUGAAAUUCUCAGAAACGUCCAGCCCAAAACUGUAAAAUUUUCACAAGUUUAGGAGAUUGAGCGGUUUUUUGUUCACAGAAAAGAGCGUUGAUUGCUUUUUAAAGUUUUAAGAAUUGGAUAAAAAAGAGAAAGAUCACUGUACAGUUCUAAGUGCUUCUGAAUGAACUGUGAAAAUGUUUUUUUUUGAAAAAAUUAAAAAAUUGAGUAAGCUCCUUUUUUUCAGCAAAUCAAGACGGCCAUCAAGUUCGUUUCGGCGCUGACGAUUCGAUACCUCCGGAAUUCGUAUUCCAAUCCCAAUGAGAAAGUUUAUCCGCUUUCAUUGAACUUGUGAAAUAUUGAUCGAUUUUCAAGAGAUCGGUUUAUUUGGACUGUGGCCACGACUAUGAGAGCGGCGCCUCGAUGCACGUUUCCUGUUCGAAGUGCUUCCAUGCGGUUCGUUUUGUUUUAUUUUAGGCGGUUUAGCGGAGCAAAAAGUGUUACGAAAUGCAACAAAAUUGCUUCGAAAUGUUGUAUGUCAAGUAAGAUAACGUCAUUCAAAAAUGCUCUGUGGUCGGCUCGCUCUCUGAUUGGUUUAUCGCCCGAUUAGGAGCGGGGCUUGGCGACGGCUUGAUAGUCAAAAUGUUAUAGCUGAUUCACGGCUGCCUUGAGCCAUCGAAAAAAAGGGUCCUGACACGAUAAUGCACGAGAUAGCACCUGUCUUGUUGAGAGCGUAGACAGGACACGCCCCCUUAGCGUCCCAAGCGAGCCGUGAAUCAGAUAUAACAGACUAUGGAAAAUACGAUUUUGGAGCAAUUUUAGCGCGCCCAAAAAGCACCUUUUUGCGUUUCGGAACAUGCUCCGUUUUUCAGUUGAGCACAAAAAAAAAUAUACUCACCUUUUUUCUUGCAGAUUCCUGUCAGUAGCUCACGACCUCCGCAUGAAUUGGCCAAUUUUUGGAGAGAGUUGAAAGUAAGGAUUUUUUUCAUCGAAAUGGAAAAGUUGCACUGAAAAUACAAAAAAGGGUUUUUUUCUCCUUUUUUUUUAAGCAAAAAUUAAAUGUUUGUUUUUUUUUCUCCCUGAACUUCAGCCUAGAACUACUUCCCUGGAGUGAAGGCAACUUACCUUUUAAUGACCUUAUAAGGAGAAAAAAGCUUCUUCUCAAGUUCUAACAAAAGUUUUUUUCGGCCUUUUACGUCUUUUUUUCAGAAGCUUAUUACGACUUUCUUAUUUUUCAAUACAUUUUUUUCACCUUGAAAAGGGGCUUCCCGAUAGAAAGGCACGAAAAAGAGAGCUAGAAACAUCUUUCGAAAAAUUUUUUUUCUUAAAAACCUCCUUUUCAGGUAUUUUUCAGGUACUCUUUUCGAGAAUUUAUCAUUAAGAUUGAAAAUUUCCCAACUUAAAAUCUCUCAGUCGAAAAUCUCAUCAUCGUCCGACACAUCAAACCAAAAGCUUUUCCAGAACUACAGCCACGUCGCCGUGGACGAGUUCAACAAGCUGUUCGCCUGGGCGCACAUGCUCGAGGGGAAACGCCGCAAACACAUGGAGUCCAUCCUGAAAACGUCCUCGCCGUGGCUUCUCCAGAACGGAUCUCAUCUGCCGGCGGUCUUCCUGAACAUCGACCCCCAGAAAUUGCGAUUCGGCAGCAAUCCGCCGAAUAUACCCGUUCAUUACUACAGUGGCGGACGGCAGGAGGAGGUCAAGCCCAUCAAUUUCCGAUCUGCCUUACCGGCUCAGGUGCGUGGAAGAAACGGAAAAGUUGGACUUUAUGAUUGAAACGGGUUGAAUUGGAAAUAGCUGUUUCAAUGCUCGGUAGCGCAACAGGUUGUGUGCCUGUCUAAGGUCCACAGGGUCACAAGUUCGAUUCCCGCCGCGACAUAAAGUGUUUUAAAAAUGUUGGUAAUGGGUUUCAGUGACAUAGGAAGCCUCAAAGAGCUCAUUUUUUAACGGAAAUUAAGAGAAAUCGAGAACAGAAACGUUAUAACUAGGUAAUUUGCAUCUUCUUCUACUUGUACUGCUUGAGCGCCGUCGGUGCUCCAAAACAAGGUUCUAUUUUGAUAUCAGUUCCGUGUAAAAUCUUCAUUCGAAGUUGUUCCUUCCGAGGCUUCCACCUAGUGGACGGUCCCCGGGCUCCAUUCUGAGCUUGUCAAGGCGCAACUGGAUGGACUACGCACAGAAGAAUGAGGCAAACGCUUUCAACUCUUUCGACUGCCCGCUAGGACUUUUAGUUCGCCAAAGGCGGUUGUUCGUUGUAACUUUCAAAGUUCUUGUUCACCGCCUAACCGAUUAUAUCUGACUAAAAAACAAAGUAAAUCGAUUGAUAAUCAGUGGAUCUGCCCUUCUGUGUAACAGGGGAUUUCGGAGCCGUGGUUUCCCCCAGGCAGCGACCGGAAUCGAACUUGUGACCCUUUAGACCGCAAACAGACACGCAACCUGUUGCGCUGCGGAGAAAAUGUCUGAUUGAGACCUCAGAGGAAAAACGGCAAGCCUUCGCGAUUACAAAAAAUAAACGGCAACGCGCAUACAUCCGUUUAUAGAGCGUGGUAAACUUGGAGAGACCAGACUUGUACUCUCCUCGUUCUACACAAUUUUUAUCUGUUGAAUAGGAAUACCAGAGCUUAGGUCCCUAGAUUGUAAGUAGAACAUGGAGAGUCUGUUCACUCCAAGUUUGACGAGCUCUCUAAACGGAUAUAUGCUCUACUUUUUUUCUGAGAUUUUUGAGCGUAUGCAAAAAAAUGAUGAUCCUAUCGACCGCGUCCACGCAGAAUUAGGAAAGGAAAGAGAGUAAAAACCUGAAAGAAGAAUGAUUUUUCUCAGUACUGUAAUCGUCAAAACUGCUGAAACCCGCAAAUUUCGUUACAAGAAGUUUUUUCAGAGGAUGACAAAAAGAACGCCGAUCCCACCACCGCGCAGCAAUCCUGUAAGUCGUUUUUAUGAGAAAAAAACAUUGGGAUGAAUAUUAUUCAAUCAGAUUUUUUUCUAUAGGAUCCUCUGGAAAGAUAACAAAAAAAUUUUGGUGAGAAAAACUUAUUCAAAAUAGUUACAGGCAGAUCCAAUGUCGCCAAUGAGAAAACUAGUGCCACGGACUCCAGUCAACAAUGCUCCACCGCACAACAUUCCCAACGGCCGUAUUCCAGUGCUCAUCCAGUGUCCGAUCUCCCUCAAAGACGUCAAUUUCGAGAGACUUGUCCCAGCCCAAAGGAUCCGCGCCGACACCGGCCUGCCGCCGAUCCCAGUUCUCCCGAAACAGACCCCCGUUCGGGCUUUGCCUUCCGCGGUGCACCAUGUGCCUCGACAGCCGGGCGGUCUUGCCCCGCUCCUCCCCAGGCUUCUCCCGGGCCAGCCCAUGCCGACGCCACCACCGCCGGUCGUCGUCACCCGACAGACGAUCCGACCUCCGCAGAGAAUCCAAAGGGCCGCUGUGCCCUCCCCGCGGGCGCCCGAGAAUGUCUCGGACGAAGUCGCCUUGAACCGGCUGGUCAAUAAUAACACGAUUCACGUCGAGUCGCACACUGUGGAUCCGGAUAAAGUUGGUUUUUUUUUUCCUCAAAAGGAAGGUCAUUUUUACCAUGCGGUUAGGGAUUUUCUCAAACUCAGAUCUUAACCUGCACAACUUCCUGGUCUUCGAGAAAGGAGGGCUCAAAAAGCCGAUUUUCAUGAUUUGUAAGGGGUUUAGUUUUAAAAACAAGGAAAUUGAGCAUUUUGAGACUUUCAGGAUCAUUUUUUAGUACAUCGAAGAGUAUUUUGAGCAAUUUCGGGGAUUUUCCAACCUAUUGAUCUUUUUAACUAUAUAGUAUGGCAAAAAACUAAAAAAAAAAAUUCAAAUGAGCAAAUUUGAACAUUUAAGGAAUUUAUUUUGGUCCCAAGGUUACUGUAUCUCAAUCUCUGCAGUCUGAAUAUGUCAUAGCCGUGUAUACGCCCUAUGCGCGUAUCACGUUUUUUUACUCAAUUUCUCUGGUUUUCUUUUCUCUUAUCAAUUUAUUUGAGCUUCUUUCUUUGCUGGUACUCAUGUUUGAUUUGAUAGUGGGUCAGAAACGCUGACGCGCAAAAAGUAUGAGCAUGUUUUCGGAUUGCGGAUUUUUAGAUACAAAAUUUUUCACGUUGUAGCAAAUUUAUCAAGAAAAACUUGUGAAAAGAUAUUUUCAAGCCAAUUUUUAAGAAAUGAUACAGAUUUUGAUCAAAAUAAAUAUUUUGUCUUCAGAAAUGGUUCUGCGGAAAGUGCAGCCAACAGUUUUUUUCGACGAGCCCCAAGUCGUCGUUCAUUAUUUCCAGGCUCACGUUUUUGUCGCAACUCAGAACUCAUCGUGGUGAGUGGAUGCGUUCGAAAAAUUCUACCAUAAAAAAAUGAUUUUUUUAAUGUAUUGAAAAAAAUAAAAAAAUAUGUUUUUUUAUCUUCCAUUUUAACGUUUUUUUAGAUAUAAAUUUCAUCAGAAAAUUGAUAAUAAUGGGAAUUUUUUUCAAGUAAAAAGCCUAGGUUUCAGUUGAUUUUUUUGAAAAAAAUUUUUGUGUAGUUUUUAAAGGAAAAAAAUUGAUUCCUGUGGUAAUUAACAUCUACUAAGCAUGAAUGGAAAAAAAUUAACACUUCAGUAAAAUUUUUGAUAGUACGAUUAGUAAUACAUUUCAGAAAGUUAGAAGAAAAAAAUACAAUUUUAAUAAUUUUUUUAGUUUUCAGUUGUUAGAAUUCAUUUCAAAUCAGAAAAAAAUGGCACACGUUGAAAUUUUUUUGAAGGAAUCGGUAGCUAAAAUAUGUUUUUUUGAUGAAAAUUCAUGAUUAUAUCUACAUUUUUCAACAGUAUUUUUCAAUAUUUAAAUUCCAUCUUUUUUUGCAAAAUUUUUUUCUUAAAAAAAUCAUUUUUCAGUCUGGCCAGUGAAGUUCUUGCUGAAAUGCCCGGUGCCGGAUUGCAAAAUCGAAUUUCACUCCCUGAAAGAUUUCAACCUUCAUUUUCGCUAUAUUCAUGAUGAACCAUUGCCUCAUCGUGUUCCGUGAGUUUCUCCCUUUCGAAUUUCAGAUAAAAUGACCGCAUUUUACAGAUCUUGCGGCACUGGCUUUGCGACGCCGGAAUUGGCUCAAAAACACGAGAAAGAGCACGCUGAUUGUGUCGAGUAGGGAGAUUACUAUAGUAUUCGUUGCAAAUCAUUUUUUUUAAAGGAGCACGAGAUUCGAACAGCAGUGCUGUCCGCUGUGUGGUACUUUUGAGACCUGGGCGGUUCCUUAUAAGGUUUGAAGUUCAUUUGAAUGAGGGUUACGGUAGUUAAUGUUCGUUGCAAGACCUUUUUAAAGAAAAAAGUGGGAAAAACCGCUCAAAGCGUCCCGGUUUGAAGAAACAAAAGUAGAAUAGUCUGAUUAACCAUUUUUGGUUUUUCUGACGUGUCUGUGCUCUCUUAUCUCUUACGCGGAAGGAAAUCGAAAAUUUGAUAUAGCGCGUGAAAGAGAGAGAGCGCAUAGAAAUCAGACGGAUACAAGUUGAAGAAUGGAGUAUAGCUAAUUGACGGCUGGCUUGAGUCAUCGAAUAAAGGGUCCUGGCACGAAAAAAAGAAAAGAAGUAGUGCCCUUUCGGCGGAGAGCGCAGACAGGCCACGCCCCUUAGCGUCCCAAGCUUUUUUUUUUUUGAAGUUUUGAAACGCAAUGCGACCGCGACGCUUUGAGAUAUUCCAAGUUUGACCAUGAAUUUUCGAAGUCUGACGUGAAAAGCAGACUUUGUUAAAAAAAAAAAAAGAAAAGUGGCAUUUUGAUAAGAAAUAUUUUUUCAGAUUCCCGGCACGAUCAGAAGCAUCGUCCUUUCUCACAUUCAUUCACACGCCUUCAGACAUUUGUCGCGAUGUUGCUGUGCUCGCAGAUUCAUUGAUGAUCAUGAUGUGAUUAUUUUUUCCUCCUAAUUUCAAGAUUUUACUGAAAGAGUUGAAAUAUCAAAAGAAGUUCGUAAAAAUUAAAAAAAAUAACAAGUUUCCCUUACUUUUUUGGCAUACAAAACUUUGAAUCCCCAAUUUUCAGUUCGUCGUCUGCCUGGAGCACUUCAUCAAUGAACACACGAUCAUCGAUGGCGAAAAAUAUUACUGUAUAUUGUGCAAACUGACGGUGCAAAACAAGGACGAGCUCAAAAUUCAUUGCAGUAAAAUUCAUUUUGUAAGUUUCAAAAGAGAAAAAAGUUCACAAAAUCACAAUUUUCAGGCUCAUGUCCUGUUCGACAUCACCGAAAAGCUGCCAUUGGUCGUUCAAACUCCGACAACUAUGAAGAAAUUCCUCGGCAUUUAA